CCUGUAUUCCUGAGGCUCAAUCCAUUGAACCUGCUUAUCUGUGUAUGACCAGGCUUUCCCUCCUGGACUUCCCCUGUCUGCUUUGCUACCAUCUCCUGCUCGGGUGCCAUGCUGCACCAGUAUCCUAUCCUAUCCUGAGGAUACUGAAGCGUCCUUCAGCUUCAUUCACCUAAAAAGCGGACUUUACCAGCCAGCUUUUCCAGCACUUAUGCCACUCUGUGCCCUCCACCUUCAGGAGUGUUGGGAAGGAGGUGCGAAGGAGGUCUCCACAACAUUCCAGUCGUCACCAGGCUCUGACUGCAGGGCAAAACCUGGAAGCUUUUCAUUGAGAUGGAUAUUGGAUGGUUCUUCUCAUCUGGACUGACACAAGACACAGACCUCGCUUGGUAAAGGACAUUACUACAGGAAGAGCUCACAAGGGUGUUUUCCGUCUUGCCAAGAUGCAGUGUAAUCUCUGCAAGUGGUUAAAAGAGAAGAGAGGGUCCCGGGAGGUGGUCCUUGUGGUGGUGUCUGUGGGUCUACUACUGGACAAUAUGCUGUUCACAGUUGUAGUGCCCAUCAUCCCAAGCUUUUUGUAUGAAAAAGAACACGUGAAUGGAAAUACAUCUAUAGUCCAGCUGUCUUCUUCUCAAUCUGCCACCAAUUCUUCAUUUGAAUACAUUUACUCUUUAUUUGACAAUUCUUCCAUAUCCAGUGGAGGUCCAGAGCAUCAUCGUAAUCCUCAUUCUCAAGGGACCAAUGGCAAGAUCCAAGGCCCACCAAAGAACGAGACUUGUACCAGGGAAAAGAGUGUAUUAGAUGAUGAGAAUGUACAAGUUGGGUUACUGUUUGCCUCCAAAGCAAUAUUACAGCUCUUGGUGAACCCUUUAGUAGGGCUGAUAACCAACAGGGUAGGAUAUGAUACGCCUUUAUUCUGUGGAUUUGUCAUAAUGUUCCUGUCUACUAUCAUGUUUGCCUUUUCUGGCUCUUACACAUUACUUUUUGUGGCAAGAUCACUGCAGGGAGUUGGAUCUUCAUUUUCAACUGUGGCAGGUCUGGGGAUGCUUGCAAAUGUGUACACUGAUGACUAUGAGAGAGGAAAAGCAAUGGGUUUAGCACUGGGAGGUCUAGCGUUGGGUGUUCUCGCCGGGGCUCCAUUUGGUUCUCUCAUGUAUGAGUUUGUUGGAAAGUCUUCCCCAUUUUUGGUGCUGGCAGUUCUCGCUCUACUAGAUGGUGCUCUCCAGCUUUUUUUUCUGAAGCCUUCUAAGUUUUCUCCAGGGAGUAUUGCACCAACCUCAUAUCUUACACUCCUCAAGGACCCUUAUAUCUUGGUUGCUGCUGGGGCUCUCUGGAUUGCAAAUAUGGCUAUUGGAGUUAUGGAGCCCACCUUGCCUAUUUGGAUGAUGGAAACCAUGUGCUCCCCGAGCUGGCAACUAGGACUGGCUUUCUUGCCUGCCAGCAUUUCAUACCUGCUAUGUACUAACCUGUUUGGGAGGCUGUCUCAUAAGAUGGGAAGGUGGCUGUGUACACUUGUUGGUAUGCUUGUGGUUGGAGUUAGCCUUCUUUGUGUUCCACUCGCUGUCAAUAUUUAUGGCCUCAUUGGUCCCAAUGCUGGAAUUGGCGUUGCCCUUGGAAUGGUGGACGCAUCUGUUAUGCCCAUCAUGGGAAACUUAGUUGAUCUGCGUCACACCUCCGUUUAUGGUGGGAUAUAUGCCAUCUCCGAUAUUGCCCUGUGCCUGGGCUUUGCAGUGGGACCUUCGGUUGGAGGAGCCAUUGCAAAGACCAUAGGAUUUACCUGGUUAAUGGUCAUCAUUGGAAUUUUAAAUAUCAUCUAUGCACCUCUAUGUUUCUUUCUGCGCAAUCCACCAGCUAGAGAAGAGAAACUGGCUAUUAUAAACCAGGAAUGCUCCAUGCAGACAAGGACUUACAUGACUCAGAGUAAUACUCCAGAUCUGCCACUUUCUGACCACAGCGGUGACGAGGAAGACAGUGUUAUUCACAACAGAACCGGAAAGAUACCCCAUUGACCAGUUUUACAACAAGAGUGGUAAUGGAGUGCAUAUAGAAACCUGCGGACUGUUACUUUUCCAACAGCAAUCCUCAUUGGCCAGCACUGUGGAAAAACAAAUUGGAUAUUAGAAGAUUAUGUCAUGUCCUGAAGAAUAUAAUUGCAACCAUCACAGAGAUCCUUUCCUCCCUGGCACCACCCGGACAGAAGUCCUCUAUGGUUCUCCAUCCACUCCUGCCUUGAUUACAGCCAGUACCACCAGGCCACACCAACUAGUGCUAUCGCAGACAUUUGUUAAUGAUGGCACCAUUUCCUGCACACUCUCCGCCUUUUCUCCUCACUCAUGUUAUGUGAUUAUUACCAUGUUGUGAAGUGCUAUAAAAGAUUAUGGCACUAUAUAAAAGGUAAUAGCAGCAACAAUAAUAAUCACAAAAAUUAAAGCAGUAUACAGUAUGUUA